CUGCGGAGAAGCCAUAGUACUCCAAUGCAUCUUCCUUGUGCUAAAGAUAUUAUCAUCGCAUGCACCGUAAUCGUACCCCACAACAGAAUCCUCAAUUCUGAUGAGCUGAGAAACACUAGACUUCUUACAGCAGAGAGAAAACUUAUCUUGCGUGGCGACUCAACCCUUCUCAGUUUGAGGCAAAAGAUUUUGUGCAUAUGUGAUACAGUCGUUGAACUGGAAGAUGGUAAAGAGCUAGAACCAGUUGACCAGAAUAAGACUCACAUGCUUUUGUAUCCAUCAUCGUUUAUAUUUAUCCAUGAUACGUUUUAUGUCGAUUACUCGCUACCACAUUCACAAGAUAUAUCUGCACAUAUGCAUAAUUCAAGACCGAUUCGCGAGUUUAUGGCCAGAAAGAAAUGCUUUGAUCCAGUCACAUCGCGAGACAUAGAUGGAGUGAAAAUUAUUGAUCUCAAGUUGCGGUCAGCCGUAUGUGUUCCAACAUUCAGGAACCUGCGAACAUUUACUUAUCUUUCAUGA